ACGCCCCGCCUCCCCGCCCGGGUUCGGGGGCGGGGCCUUCCUGCAACCUUUGCCGCUCCAACAUGGCUCCGCGGCUGUGCAGCAUCUCUGCGGCGGCACGGCGGUGGCUGGGGGGUCCAGGGCCCCAUGCUGGGGAUGGAGCUACUGCGGCUGCGGCGCGUUUCUAUUCCAAGGACAAUGAAGGCAGCUGGUUCCGCUCCCUCUUUGUUCACAAGGUGGAUCCCCGGAAGGAUGCUCACUCCACCCUGCUGUCCAAGAAGGAGACCAGUAACCUCUACAAGAUCCAGUUUCACAAUGUGAAGCCCGAGUGCCUGGAUGCCUACAACAGUCUGACGGAGGCUGUGCUUCCCAAGCUGCACCUGGAUGAGGACUACCCCUGCUCACUUGUGGGCAACUGGAACACGUGGUACGGGGAGCAGGACCAGGCAGUGCACCUGUGGCGAUUCUCCGGUGGCUACCCAGCCCUCAUGGACUGCAUGAACAAGCUCAAAAACAACAAGGAAUACCUGGAGUUCCGGAAGGAGCGGAGCCAGAUGCUACUGUCCAGGAGAAACCAGUUGCUCCUUGAGUUCAGCUUCUGGAACGAGCCGCAACCCAGAGCAGGCCCCAACAUCUAUGAGCUGAGGACAUACAAGCUCAAGCCAGGAACCAUGAUUGAGUGGGGGAACAACUGGGCUCGGGCCAUCAAAUACCGGCAGGAGAACCAGGAGGCAGUGGGCGGCUUCUUCUCGCAGAUAGGCGAGCUCUACGUUGUACAUCAUCUCUGGGCCUAUAAAGACCUGCAGUCUCGGGAGGAGACUCGAAAUGCUGCCUGGAGGAAGAGGGGCUGGGAUGAAAAUGUCUACUAUACAGUCCCUCUGGUGCGACACAUGGAGUCUCGGAUCAUGAUCCCCUUGAAGAUCUCACCUCUUCAAUGAUGCUGCCGACACCUCCACCUCCUUCCCCUUCUCUCCUUCAGGGCAACCCCGGACAGAGGAGUUUCUGGUCCUGCUGUCUUGGUUUUGUUUUGGCUCUGGGAGGACUCUGAGGGGAGUGCUCAGCUCAGACAAGUGGGAACUGAAGGAUGACGAGGUUCUGAGGACUUCCAACUCUGCUCAAACCCUUUUCGCCUUUCCCACCUGUCUCCUACUCCCUGCUAGAAAUAGUUUUCUAAUUUCCCUAAAUGAAGGAUAGGUCUUCUUAUAUCUUUCCCAAGAUUCCUCAUCUCAAGGCCAUCACUCCCCAAUUGUUGCCAUGGAAAACCUCAGUUUAGCUUAGUUGCAUAAAAGGUAGCAUGUCCAGUGGUUAGAAGUGGGGUGGGAAAAGAGGAGGUCAGGCCAGGCCAGGCCUUCAGCAAUUCCCUGGUCUCCACUGGGCCACCCACUUGCUGGACUGUUAGAGCCAAGUCCCUCUGGCUGAGGAAAAGCCUGGAACUGCCAAAAACUCCUCAAAUCAGCAAGGAAAAAGAGAUGGAAACCAGGAAGAAUUUAGGGGCAGGAGCUAGGCAUGUAACAGGAACCCAGAAGGUAGAACUUAGAAUUCAGAACUUGGGUAUGAACUGCAGAAUUUAGAAUACAGAAUUGAGAAGACAGAACUGAGGUGACAGAAGUCCACUUGGGGAGGGAGGGGUUCUUAAUACUAGACAGAUGGAGAGUGGCUCAUCUGUUUCUUCCUACUACAUAUUGGGGUGGAGAACUUGAAUGUGCAGUUCUAGUCCUUCUGUGCAGGGAGUCUCCUGCCCUCUCUCCUCCCUGCAGGCAGAAGUACAGCCCAGAUCCCUUCCCCCACUUGGCAUCAUCAGCCCAGCCCUCAUUCUACAGGGCCACCAAGUAUGUGGAGUGGGGUGUCUCUGGGUGCCUCUUCAAUGACCCCCCAUACCUCAUGAACCCUCGGGUAGCUUGAUUCUGCAUCCCUUCUGGGAAAACUUGUGCUGGAGUUGCUGACAGAACCAAUUACAUAUUUACUAUAAA